ACACAGUGACCAUAAGGUCUUAGUCAUGUCCUCUGCUUGAACAGACCUGCCCCUCCUGUAUAAAUGUGGUGCCACUCUUGCAGUUCUUUAUUUCACGUCUCAUUUACAGAAAGCUUCAGAAGACAACAUGGAGUCUGUGCUUUGCUAUUUACUCUUUUUUGUGAUGACUGGCAUUUGUCCUCUUGUGACUGGUGCUCCAUCUGAGCUUAAGUGCCCAGAUAGCAACCUAAACAUCACAGGAGGCACCUUCACUCUCUCCAAGAAUUAUGAUGAAGGUAGCACCCUGAAGUUCCACUGCCCACAGGGUUAUUAUCCAUAUCCUGUAAAAAAGCGGCAGUGUUCCAGAGGCAAGUGGGAUCCAGCGCCCACCAAAAGACGAGCAGACUGCAGGAAGAUUACAUGUCCUAAUCCACAUGGUCUGGACAAUGGAGUCGUGGAGCCCUAUAAGCCGCUGUACUAUGUGAAUGACACGACCACCUACAGGUGUCAUUCUGAUUACACAUUCCGGGGGUCCUCCACACGUGUGUGCCAGCUCAACGGCAAGUGGAGUGGCAGCACACCAAUUUGUAGCCGUGACUCUGAUCACUGCCCUGAUCCUGGUACGCCCCCUGGUGCCAGCAGAACAGGGCACAUUUUCAAUAUUGAUGACAAAGUGACCUACCGCUGUGAUAAUAAGCUGAAACUGCUGGGCUCCAAAGUGCGUGUGUGUCAGGAUGGUGGCCAGUGGUCAGGACGAGAGCCAGAGUGCUAUGCUGAUUACACAUACGACACCCCAGCAGAAGUAGCGGAGGCUUUUGGCAGCACUUUAAAGACUACUCUGACCACACACGAGGAAAACGGUCAACAAGGGAAGAAAAUCAUACUGGACCAGAAAGGAAAGCUCAACAUCUACAUUGCUCUGGAUGCAUCUGACAGCAUAGAGGAAGAGGAAUUUGAACGAGCAAAGGAGAUCAUUAUAAAGCUCAUAGAUAAGAUCAGCUACUAUGAGGUCUCUCCAAAUUAUGAGAUUAUCAUUUUUGCCACAGAAGCAACAAGAAUAGUUAGCAUUGCAGAUUACAAAAGGGAAGAUGAAAGAAAAUUGUAUAAAAUUAUCAACACGCUGAAGGAUUAUAAAUAUGACGAUAAAGGACAGAAAUCAGGAACGAAUAUUGCCAAAGCCUACAAAACUAUUUUGGACAGCAUGAGUUUUGAGAAGACCAGCAAUAUAACAGCCUUCAUUGAAACCCGUCAUGUCAUCAUCAUGUUCACUGAUGGUAUAUACAAUAUGGGAGGAAACCCCAUACACCAUGUUAAUGAAAUCAAGCAACUUGUGUACCAUGGAGAUGAUAUGAAACGGGAUGAAUAUCUUGAUAUAUACGCGUUUGGAGUGGGCGAAGAUGUACAGAAGGAGGAUAUCGAUUUCUGGGUGACAAACAGACCAAAUGAAAAGCAUUUCUUCUUACUCCCAAACAUGGAAGACGUGCAACAAACCUUUGAUGAGAUGAUUGAUGAAAGCACUAGUGUGGGUCUGUGUGGACUCUACAGAAGCUACAGAAACUAUGAUGAACAAAGCCAUGAAGCCAAGCGCCAAAGUUACCCCUGGCUGAUCCAGUUUUUUGUGACUCGUGAAGAUGGCACAUCAUCAAACUGCUUAGGAUCGCUGGUCACUCCUUCAUUCAUUCUAACUGCGGCCCACUGCUUCAAGUUCGAAGAUCUUCCUGAUAAUAUCAAACUCGAGACACCUACUAGCAAUUCUUUGCAGCCACUAAAGGCAAAGGAUUUCAUGCUUCAUCCAAAAUACAAACCCAGAGGUAAAGUGUCAGAAGGAAUUUCAGAGUAUUAUGAACAUGAUGUGGCUCUCAUAGAACUAGAACAGGAGAUAAAAGCUGAUGCCAGUCUCAGACCCAUUUGCAUUCCCUGCACCAAGGAGACGAGUGGGGCUCUAAGACUGUCUGGCAGUGAUGUGACAUGCGCAAAACACAAGGAAGAGCUUCUGACAGGUGACCUUGUUAAUGCUUUCUUUAUGUCAGCUAAACAAAAACAAGGCAUGCUUCCAAAGAACGAUGUGCAGAUCAAACUGGGGCAUAAGAGAGAUGCGUGUAUUGAAGAUGCCAAAAAGGCAUUGAAUAUCUCAGAUGAAAAAGCAAGGCUGCUUAUUACAGACAAUUUCUUGUGCACUGGUGGAGAGGAACAAAAUCAUGUAGAUGAAGUUUCUUGCAAAGGUGACUCUGGUGGGGCUACAUUUGUGCAGCAAAAGGUUCGGGCAUUCCAGGUUGGAGUUGUCAGCUGGGGUCUGAAAGAUCUGUGCACAGGUGAAGUGAAAUACGAUGAACUUUCAACAGCCAGAGACUUCCACAUAGACCUCUUCAAUCCAGAGGUGCAGAAUUUUCUUCAAAUGUACCUGGGUGAUGAACAAAGAGGGACUCCUCUGACAUUUUUGAAAAGAUAAAAGCUGAGUUCUGCUCCUGUGAACAUGCUAUUUGACCUAUUUUCUUUAUACCUUUUCACCAGAAAUUUAUCACAGUAACUUUUGAACAUUUUCUGUGAUCAAAUAUUGAUUUGUUUCACAUAAUAAUGGACGGAGUUACAGUCUAAAACAACAGAUACAGAAAAAAAGCCUGUACUGUUUUAGGACAUGCUUUAUUUAGUCAGUUGGACAUUCUAUAUUUACUAUUUUACAGAAAGCAGGUUUCCUGUAAGAAUAUUAGGAGAGGCUAUGAGUGUACCACAGCUGCAGGAUUGUUUAGAUUGUUUAUUUAGGAGCUGUAAAACCAGAAAGUAGUAGUUUAUGUGGAUUAAGUGUAAAAGUAGAAUUAUCAUUUUGUUGGCACAGGCAUGGAUUGGGAACAUUUUCUACCCUUAUCAAAUCUGAUACAGAUUUGUUAACAAAUCAACUUUUGAACAUUUUUUGGACACUGUGACAAAAUAAAGCAUUCUGAAUGUUGAUUA